AUGGCUUCACUUGACGACGGUUGUGUGGUCGCCAUCGUGGCAUUGCUGCUUGGCUUUCAGCUUUUCCUUGGUUGUCCCACUAGAGACGUCACUGAGGAUGGUUGGGAUACUGCUUGGUAUCUUCUUUCGUCCAUGGUACUAUUCUCCCUAAUCACGGCACUUGCCUUAUCUGAUACGGCAAUGUUCCUUUACCUUUUCGCCUAUCAUUUCGUCUACCUUUUCAGCGUCAAGAUCAUCGGCCCUAGUCUCACCCUACUUUACGAAGUUAUGGUCCAGCAACUUACCAAUCUCGGCCACCAUAUCAGCAAUUCUGGACCAGUCAGAGCCAUCACCGAACACCCAGCUAUGCCAUGGUCCUCGGAUUCCCCGUUUACUUUGGAAUCCCACAACAUGGCAAAAUCCAUUUGGGUGUUCUUGGACCUUAUCAGGCAACAUCUCAUGGGCUUUUUGAUGGAUCUUCGCGUUAGGUCCCACGAAUACGACACGGUCUACGGGGAGGAAGGUCCUAUGCAAGUUAUGCAGUAUAUCGUCCUCAUUAUAAGGGCGAUUGCUGCAUUCAAUUUGAUAAAUCUUGCAAGUCAGGUCUUUCAACGGCUCUUUACUAGGGUCAAAAAAACUCUAGAAGCUGUUCUUGCCCUUAAAGCACCUGGCUAUUCGACUUUCCCUCCCAAUGCAUCUAGCGGCGAUAUCAAGUCCGGGAAUGGUUAUGAUGUGGACCAAACUGAUGCACGCGGAUACCAAAAUGACCAGGAAUCUGUAUCCUCGGAGUUCGAAGUCCAAGUUUCAGAAGCAUUCACAGAGGAUCCAUGGACGACACAACAUCUGGGCGGCCAAUACGAUGCGCCUGGUAUGCACACCGGUCAACACUUCAAGUCGGAGGAGUAA